AUGGAUCUUCCCGAGACUUCGAAUCGUCAGAAGGAUUCUUCUUCACGGAGAUAUUCUAGGUCACCUUCAACAACUGAUUCUGAAGAAGAGAGAAGGCGGAGGAGGCGCAGAAGAGAACGAGAGGCUGACCGUGGUUCAACCCGUUCCAACCGGCGUGACGAUCGUCCCAGAGGCACAAGAAAUGAAUACGAAGAUAAAGAAAGACAUCGCAGACGGUCGCGUAGUCCAGUUGAUUCAGGUUCUCAUCGACGGAAAGAUGAUCGAGAUUCACAUCGCAGCAGAAGAGAUAGAUCUCGAGAUCAAAGACGGAUUAAAGAUGGUAAUAGCACGGCAGAACUGGCUACAAAACCAGCUGUAAGUCGAAGACACAACGGUCCGCUAGCAUCUCAAGCUGCAUCGUUUCAAUCAAAUAAAGAUCCAUCAUCAACAAAUCUCGUACCCAUCGGAGAUGAACCAGUUUUAGAGAAAGAGAAACCGAAUUUAGGACAAACAGGGGUUCUAGCAGCAGCUUCAAAUACGAUUACGCAGGCAGAUGGAAACGCUAUAGUGUUAAAGUAUCACGAACCACCAGAAGCAUGCAAGCCACCCGCAAGAGACGACUGGAAGCUUUUUGUUUUUAAAGGCGCCGACAUAAUUGAAACAAUUGAUCUGAGUACAAGAAGUUGCUGGCUUAUCGGUCGCGAGCUUGCGGUUGUCGACCUAGCUGCGGAACAUCCAAGUGUUAGCAAACAGCAUGCCGCAAUACAAUUUAAAUCCACCGAAAAGACGAACGAAUUCGGAGACAAGGUUCGGAAAGUAAAGCCAUACUUGAUUGAUCUUGAUUCUGCAAAUGGCACAACGAUGAAUAAAGACCCGGUGGACAAAAGUCGAUAUGUUGAGUUGAUGGAUAAGGACAUGAUCCAAUUCGGUCACAGCACCAGAGAGUAUGUGCUAAUGUUGGCACCGAGAUCUUAG